AUGGUCAGGAUCACAAAGAAAGGAGGCGUUGACAUGUGGUGGUUGGGUUUUGUGGAUGGUGAGGUGAAUCAAAGAAGAUCAAGUUGGAUUGGUGAUCCAUCUAUUGUGAUUGGUGGUCAUCAGUUUGACUUGCAGUCCAUGAAAUUGGGUUUUAGCUCCUCAAUUUUGUCCAAAGGAACUCGUUGUGCCAGCUUCAAAUCUUCAACCAAAAAGGCAGCAGCUCUACCCCUCCAAACAUCAAUACAGAAAGACCAUUCCACCCGCCAAUAUAUCAUCACUGCAUACCUACAAACCCCUCUUAAGCUCACCAAAUUGCUCUUGGACCUUGGAGCUACAUACACCUGGGUGAAUUGCGACGAUUACAUUUCCUCUACUUACAAACAUGUCCCUUGUAAUAGUUCCAUCGCUAAUUUACUCGGCGCUUAUGCUUGCUUGGACCUUUGCGAUAGUCCUCCAAGUCCGAAUUGCGGUAACAACUCUUUCCUCCUCCUCCCUGAUAACCCUAUCAAACCUGUUGACUACAACAAAGUUAAUGGCCUAAACACUGCCCUCCUUGACUCUUUCGCCUUGCCCUCCGCUCAAGGUUCUCUAACUUUGAUCGAUAAUUUCAUCUUUUCCUGUGCUCGAACCGGUUUUCUCAAAGGCCUAGCUAAAGGUGUUACUGGCUUAGCCGCCUUAGGCCGCUCAAAUGUUUCUAUCCCAGUACAGAUUAAUAAACGCUUCUCUUCUUCUCCAAAUUGUUUUGCUAUUUGCUUGUCAGGAUCCAAGUCUCAACCUGGUGUUGCUCUUUUUGGCAGCAAAGGGCCUUAUAAUUUCUUGCCAGGAAUUGACCUCUCAAAAUCACUUGUUUACACUCCACUCAUUUUGAACCCGCUUGGAAAAGAUUCUGAUCCAAAUAACCUCAGACCCUCACCUGAAUAUUUCGUAGGGUUGACUUCCAUAAAAGUGAACGGAAAGAUGGUGGCACUGAACAAAUCCCUCUUAGCCAUAGAUGGUGAGACUGGUUCUGGGGGGACGAAGAUCAGCACUGUCGUGCCAUACACAAAGUUACAGAGUUCCAUUUACAAGGCUUUUACUCUGGCAUUCUUGAAGGAAGCAGCUUCCUCUGCUUUCAAUCUUACUACAACAAAAUCUGUUAAGCCAUUCAGUGUCUGCUACUCAGCGAGUGAUGUGAAGAAUACACAAACUGGACCUAAUGUGCCCAUAAUUGAUCUUGUGUUGCAUAGACAAGAUGUGGUUUGGAAGAUUUUUGGAUCAAAUUCUAUGGUAAGGAUUACAAAAAAGCGUGUUGAUCUUUGGUGCUUGGGUUUUGUCGAUGGUGGGGUCGAUCCAAAGGUAUCAAGUUGGAUCGGUGGUCCAUCUAUUGUCAUUGGUGGUCAACAGUUGGAGGAUAAUAUCCUACAAUUCGAUCUGCAGUCAAAGACAUUGGGUUUCAGUUCAUCAAUUUUGUCCAAAGGGACAAAUUGUGCCAACUUCAAUUUUUCUACCAAAAAAGUCUAA